ACAGAGACAUUCAAUCCCAACCAAACACAGAACACAAGUAUAGCAGUUAACAAAAGAAGAUAGAGUUGCACACAAUUUUAUCAUUCAACAUCUCCAAGAAAUCAAUGUCCAAACAUAAAUAAAAAAAACUCAAAUCUUCAGCUUUCAUGGCGUCUUUGCCUUCAGUUCUAGUUGGUAAUAACACACUCAAGCUCGAACCAGACUUCAAGAAACAUCUCCCCACCACUUCUCUUUCAGUACAACAGAAGGGGAAUUAUAACAACAAAACAGCAACAACCCAGUUGGUAGAAUCUUAUGAAUCAGUGAGUUUGGACUUUAGAGAGGCUCUGUCUGUAAUUCAAGAUGGUAGUUCUGGUUUUGAGUCGAAUGUUUAUAUCCCAAUUUUACAAGAAUGUAUGAACAAUCAGUCAGUUUCACAGACUCAAAUGAUUCAUGCCCAUAUAAUUAAAACUGGGACUUUUGAGGAUUUGUAUCUCAUGACAUUUGUGGUUAAUGUUUAUGGGAAGUGUGGGGCAAUGGAUUUGGCGCGUAAACUGUUUGAUGACUUGCCUAAGAAAAAUGUUGUAACGUGGACUUCGUUGAUGUCGGGGUACAUACAGAGUUCAGAGCCAAUGGUUGCUAUUCGGGUUUUUAGUGAAAUGUUGGAGGAUGGGACUUAUCCGACUAAUUACACUCUAGGAGUUGUUCUUCAUGCUUGUACCUUACUGUUAUCGGUUAAAUUAGGGGAGCAGUUACAUGGGUUUAUUGUGAAAUAUCAAGUCGAAGAUGACACGAGCAUAGGGAAUGCACUUUCUUGCUUAUACUCUAAAUGUCGUAGUUUGGAUUCUGCGGUGAAAGCAUUUUCAAGAACCGGGGAUAAGAAUGUGAUUUCAUGGACUACAGCGAUUUCAGCUUGUGGUGAUAAUGGUGAUUCUGUCAUGGGAUUGAGUUUGUUCACUGAAAUGCUUUAUGACGGCAUUGAGCCAAAUGAAUAUACGUUUACCAGUGUUUUGAAAGUGUGCUGUUUUAUGCAAGCUAUGGGUGUAGGGUCGCAGGUGCAUUCAUUGAGCAUUAAGCUUGGCUAUCAAAAUAAUAUACCUGUAACAAAUUCUAUCAUGUAUCUGUACCUGAAAUGUGGAUUGAUUAGCGAGGCGAAGAAAUUGUUUGAGGGAAUGGGAAAAAUUAGCUUAGUUACAUGGAAUGCUAUGAUUGCAGGCCAUGCCAAGAUGAUGGAACAAGCAGUGGAUAGUCUCUUGGCACACAGCAGUGGAAUGGAGGCGCUUAACAUAUUCAAAAAAUUGAAUCGGUCAAAUAUGAAACCUGAUCUGUUCACCUAUUCGAGUGUAUUAACAGUAUGUAGUGCUUUGGUGGCUUUGGAACAAGGUGAACAGCUUCAUGCUCAAACUAUUAAAAGUGGAUUUUUAUCUGAUGUGGUUGUAGGGACUGCAUUACUUAACAUGUAUAAUAAAUGUGGCAGCAUUGAGAAAGCAUGUAAAGCCUUCGUGGAGAUGUCUAUAAGAACGAUGAUAUCUUGGACUUCUAUGAUUACAGCUUUCUCUCAGCAUGGUCACUCUCAGCAGGCGUUGCAGCUCUUUGAGGACAUGAGAUUAGCUGGUGUUAGGCCAAACAAGAUUACCUUUGUAGCUGUACUAUCAGCAUGCAGCCAUGCUGGUAUGGUUGAUGAGGGACUGGCUUACUUUAAGCUGAUGAAAAAUGAAUACAAAAUCAAGCCUGUAAUGGACCAUUAUGCAUGCUUGAUUGAUAUGUAUGUGAGAUUAGGUCAAUUAGAUGAAGCUUUUGAUUUUAUUAAAAAGAUGGAAUUUGAACCCAACGAGUUUAUAUGGUCAAACCUGAUUGCAGGUUGUAGAAGUCAUGGGAAUUUAGAAUUAGCUUAUUACGCUGCUGAACAGUUGCUCAAUCUUAAUCCAAAAGAUUGUGAGACCUACGUCUUGUUGUUGAACAUGUACCUCUCUGCUGGGAAAUAUCAAGAUGUUUCAAGAGUGAAAAAGAGGAUGAAAAUUGAAAAAGUAGGGAAGUUGAAAGAUUGGAGCUGGAUUAGCGUAAGAGACAAAGUUCAUUCAUUUAAGCCUGAUGACCGGCUCUGUCCUCCCGGGGGAGAGGUGGACUUGAUGUUGGCCGAUUUGCUUGAGAAAGCCAGGACCAUCGGAUAUGAGGCUCAAGGAAGUUUUGGGGUAACAGAUGAGGAGGGGUUAGAGCAAACAACUUCCAAGAUCAUUCAUCACAGUGAAAAAUUGGCUGUUGCGUAUGGGCUGCUAAAUGCACCAAACGAAUCGCCAAUUCGUGUUAUCAAGAGUAUAAGCAUGUGUAGUGAUUGUCACAGUUUCAUUAAACUCAUCUCAGUGAUAACAGAAAGAGAAAUUAUCAUCCGUGAUAGCAAGAGACUCCACAAAUUUGUAAAUGGGAAAUGCUCAUGUGGGGAUUUCGGCAGUUUAAUGUGAUUUCCGGGCUUGCUGAUUGAUGUAAACUUCUCUGGUCCACUGACAUUGUCUAGUUUUUCAUAAAACCUUGUAAAUUUCUGGCCAUGUAGCAAUGUCGAGGCAUGGCAUGUAGAGGCCGGAGAUCUAGCGAGGAGGAUCAGGAGAAGUUUGCUUAUGACUUGCGGAUAAACUAAAGGUAGUCAUCUCCUAGUUGAAUAUAGUGUAUAAUAUGAGCACACGCAGGAUAUAUUCUAGUGUUAGUGUCAAUUUUGAGCAAAAAUAACUAAAUUUAUGGUCGUUUUCUUUCUGUAUCCCUCAUUAUCAAUAAUAAGCCUGACCUAGUUUUUACUUAUA